AACAAACGGAAGCAUGGCAGUUUGUAAGACCGAAGAUUCCCCAGUGCCCUUUGAAGAAGCUCUGAACAAAGCCGGCAAUGGCUUGUACAACAUCGCUCUCUCUGCCACGUGCGCGUUCAUUCUCCUGGCGAUCGGAGUAGACCUGUUUGGUUUCAGUCUAGUGGUGAACAUUGCCUGCGACCUAGACACUACAGUUUCGCAGAAAGGAAUUCUCGCUUCGGUGCCCCUUAUUGGUAUCCUCCUGGUGUCCUACUUCUGGGGAUAUAUCUCAGACACGCGGGGCAGAAAAUUCACCCUGGCGGUAUCCAUGCACGUCGGCUUCAUUCUGUCUUGCGUUAGCAGCUUAUCGCCCAAUUGGUAUCUGUUGGGAGUACUAAAGUUCCUCUCUGUCUGCUUCUCUUGCGCAGCAAAUUCCGCUACGUAUACCUUAGUUGGCGAGUCAUGUGUUCAGCGAGUAAGAAGCAAGUAUAUGCUGCUCAUGACAUGUCUGCUGCUCCUAUCUCCUGCGAUAGCUGGAGCACUUGCCUACCCAACCCUCAAGCUAGACUUUGCAGCACAACUUCCCUGGCUCGGAAUCGUCUUCCGUCCCUGGCGGUUGCUGAUCAUCGUUUUCGCUCUUCCUUCAGGCGUGGGCGCUGUUGCCAUCUCUUUCUUCUACGAAUCUCCUAAGUUCUUGGCCAACUGGGAAAGGAAAGACGAGGCUUUGGACGUGUUGAAAUCUAUGUAUACUAUCAAUAGAAAGACUAGCGCGAACGAAUAUAAGGUCAAAUCCAUAAUCCUCGAAGACGAGUCAGUCAAGAAGAAGAUGUCAGUAUACCGAGCAUUGUACGAACAAAGCGCUCCCUUGUUCAGACCUCCCUAUCUCUGGAGAACUUUGCAGCUGUUCUACAUCAUCUUCGUCGUGUACAUCACAAAUAAUAGCUUUCUGACCUGGCUGCCGCAUAUCCUGAACCUGGUGCGAUUAUCCAUGGAAAAUAAUGGUUCGGGUAACAAUAUCUGCUCGCUUAUCUCCAGUGAGCAGCAGACUGAGCACGCCUUUGUCGAUGUGGUUAAUGGCACGAAUAGUAACGCUACUGUUGUCGUUGAUACAGAAAUUUGUCUUUACACAAUAGAAGAGAACGUAAUGGUAACGCUCAUCGCUUCCCAAUCCAUAUUUUCAUUCCUCAACUUCGUCAUCUCCUAUCUCCCUAAUUACCGCAAAGCAGUCCUUGUAUCCAUCCUAAGUCUAUCCUCUCUAAGUGGUGUUUGUCUGAAUUUGACUCCAGAACCAAUAUCUAGUGUUUUCUUCUUCGUUGUGUUUACAUGUACUUGUCUAGGAAUGGGAAUACUGGCUUCUUAUUUUGUGGAUCUAUACCCUACUUCUUAUAGAGGUAUGGUGCAAUGUCUCGGCAUCAUGGUGGGUAGAAGCAGCGCCUUUGUGGGUAUCAACGUCGUGGGGAAUGUCUUUUUCGAAAACUGCCAGGUCACAUUUUACCUAUGGUCUUUGCUGGUUUUCAGUAGCGCAGUAGCGGCAUGUUUUCUGCCUCCGGACAAAUCCAAGAUCACGUCUACUGCGCUAUGAGGUGCAUUGACUGAUAAAUCUGCUGCUGCGUAGUGUGUAAGGGUCAAUAUCAUAUUGAUUGUACUAACGCGUCCAAGCUAUUUUGUUUAAUGAGCGCGGGAAGUAAGGCAAAUUGGAAAUGCAACUCGUGCUUUUUGCACGGUCAAAAGGAAGAUGACCAUUUUCAUACACCACCGCCUAUGACCACACCCCCUCCAACUUUUAAGACUCCUCAGUUCUCAACACCGCAAAACUUCGUAA